GUGGCAAUCAUCUGGCUGUGUCCAAUGCGCAUCGCCAACCCCCAACCUGAACGAGGGAGGAUCCAAGCUACCCGCGAUUCCACGCAGAAUGGAAUGGGCGAUGAUGGUGACAUCGACCAACAGUCAUAGAAUUUUUUAUUUUUUAUUCUUUUUUUUUUUUUCUUUCUCCUUUGCAGAUUGCCAACGCGGGGCCAGCGAGAGUUAACGUACGGAGCAGAGGGUUUUCUCUCUGGCUUGUUACAGCGUAACUAAGCUGUUGGCCAGGUUGGCGUUCGUGGCCGGCAGAGUCCAGGGCGGCGGACGUGCUCACCGGAGCUCCGCAUUCAGCUAAAUUGCUUGGCUUUUGUACGAAUUCUCGGCCUCAACCGCCGCCUAACUAAGUCCGAGGGAUCUAGUCUGUCUGGUACGGUACGGAGUACUCUGUAUAAUUUCUCCGAACCCAGCGGUUGGGGAUGCGGAAACCUGGAAUAAUACUCCGUGAAAAUAAAUCAUCAGAAUAUGUUGCUCGAGGCUGUAUCCCACUUGCCGGAUGCAGCUGAAUAGCAUCCCUUCGUUUAUGCUGUUCUAAGGUUACUGAGGCUUGUUGAGAUUUUCUGCCUUGCUUCUGCGAAGCGAACUGUUUGGUUUGAUAUUUGAUAUCUUGGAUGUUGUUGCCGCUCCAUGCUUGUUGGUUUGCAUGUAGGAGAGUUGUUGUAGGAAAGAGGGCACACACACACCGGCCGGGCACAACGAUACGACUUUUUGAGACUCACGGUGUGCGGAGUGUUUCUGUUGUUACCCCUUUUCAAUGCAUCAGCCAGCAGUCGAGCGCCUAUAUCUUCAGCAGCCACCUUCCGACCUGCACAGAACCGCAUUUUUUUUUUUUUUCUCUUUCUUAUUAGGUCAUAGAGAUUCCACCAGUCCCACUCAUACUUCCACUUAUGUUUGGGCUUUGAAGCCCCUCGUCAGCCUUGUCAAUUCCCGGCACCCGUUCGUUUUAGACCCGCCUCCAAGCUAAAAAAAAAAAAAAAAAAAAAAAAAAAAAAAAAAAAAAAAAAAAAAAAAAAAAAAAAAAAAACAAUAAUAACAUUACUCUUGCCACAAUGCAUAUCCUGGUAGUAAAUGAUGACGGACCGCCUUCUCAGAAAUGUUCACCAUAUCUGUUCCCCUUCGUCAAAACCCUAGAAAAAGCCGGCCACUUGGUUUCCGUUGUCAUCCCUAAUUCAUCCCGGUCCUGGAUUGGCAAAGCACACAUCAUUGGCGAGACUCUGGAGGCGACUUACAUUUCUCCAGAAGCUCUCGUCAAAGAUACUGGCAAUUCCGCCCAGGGGACCCACGAUCAAAAUGAUGCCGGAACCAAUGGUCUGAACGUACCCAGCAAUCGGCACGGCAGAUCAACCCCAGAGACUACACGGCCUUGGGUCGUCGUCAACAAUGGCACCCCUGCUGCCUGCACCCAACUAGGCAUCUACAGCCUUUUUCCCGAUCGCGAGCCCAUCGACCUCGUAAUUUCGGGGCCAAAUCAUGGUCGAAACGCUUCAAUCAUAUACGGCUUGGCGAGCGGCACUGUAGGUGGCGCACUCGAGGCUGCGACCUGCGGCAAGAAAGCCAUUGCACUAUCCUUUGCGAGUAAAGAGAAACAGCCAGCAGAGACUAUCCAAGCUGCUUCCCGGCUAUCUGUGAAACUCAUCGAACGCCUCUCUGCCCACUGGCCUGAUGAACGCGUGCAGUUAUUCAGCAUAAACGUGCCGAUGCGGCUGGACGUCGAAGAACGACCGGCUGUUUACACAAACAUGUUGCCAAAUUCCUGGUCCAAAUCUAGCCUCUACCAGGAAGUUGAUAUUCAUACUUCUCAGUCCAAGAAGACCAGCAACAACAACAUCAACAUCAUCAGCAACAGUAGUGAUGAUAUAAACAUGCGUGAGGGAACAUCCCCCACGAAACGUGGAGGUGACGACGACCAGCGGAUACCGCCGCAGCAGGCUAGAUAUUUCAAAUGGGCACCAGAGCUCUCCGAUAUCCAACGAAGUGUUGAGGCGAGCAAAGUUGGCACUGAUACAUACACGGUUAUGAACGGAUGGACAAGUGUCACUCCCCUUGCAGCGAAUUUCAGCCAUGUAUCUGGAUUCUCGGGCGAGUUUACGCUUUGAACACAAAAAUUACAUCGCAAAACGCGGGACUAUAUCUGGUUGUUUGGUGGGGAGCGAGCGGGGCGCGGCGCGCGGGUGGGCAUGCAAAUCUUUUUACAAAAGGGAUAGAAAGGAGCGGAACUCAUAUUAUCACCUUCCCUCUUAAUAAUACUUAUCAGCUCUCUUUCCAUAACUAUCAUUUUUCACGCACCCCGAUAUUCCACGGCUAUGUAACUGCUAAGGAAGCAUCCAUAGAUUUCGUGUGUCCUAGAAUUGAGGUCAUAUUUCUUAACAUUCUAUUACCCCUUCCCUAACCAAGUUGCUCAUGUAUUCAAAAUCCAGCCGUUAAGGGAGGGACGGGAGUGGGCUGGGGGGAAAUGGUCAAGACAAUGCCAAUGUAAUAGCUAUCAUAGACCAAAGCAAAUCUUGCUGGAAUCUUGAGCGGUCAAGUUUGGCAUUCUCUGGUGCCAUGCCUACUUUGACCCCCUAAUCGCCCAAUGUGCCUCCUCACGAAUACUUUAGAGUCAUAUAACUGUAUUAUUGGAAAUAGCGAUUCUAAUGGUGUAGCUGGCUUAGAAUAGGGUGAAGAAGGUGUGUGGGAGUCUGCCCAAAUGUAGGAUCCGAUCCUGGUUGACCGAUAAAAAAAGAUGGCAAAAAUCGAAUCUCUGAAGAGAUCGAGAUUGCUGUUCUCUGGAAAUCCUUCCUUCUGGGAUUUGCCCUGUACCUUCCAGGUCGGCUAGGUGACCGAGAUCAGAAUUAUGGCGUGGGUAUAGUUUAGUUGCCGUCGGGGAGGAAGGGCCAAGGGGAGGGACGAUUGUUCAUCCCUUAUAUUGGGUAAAUAGAAUAAAACGAACGAUGGGCGUUAGGGGAAGAUGGAAAAGCAAAAACGGCUAAUGGAUUCAUCAAUCUAGUACCGUACCAUUUCCAGCAUCUGUUCACAGUCAACCCAGCAAAACCCAGCCAAGUGAAAUAAAAUGGAACACGAAAAACAGAAGAACAGCACCGACUCCACUAGCUACAAU